UCGUUAUGCUGAAUAUGGGAGGGCCUUCGACGGUUACGGAGACCCACGAUUUUCUCAAGAAUCUCUUCCUCGACGGCGACCUCAUCCCCCUGCCCUUUCAGAAGUACCUCGCACCUAUUAUCGCGAAGCGGCGUACCCCCCAGAUCGAAAAGCAAUAUGCUGAUAUCGGCGGGGGUUCACCCAUUCUGCGCUACACGCAAAUCCAGGGCCAGGGCAUGGCAUCUCUCCUGGACGAACUCAGCCCUGAGACGGCGCCGCACAAGAGUUACGUCGCGUUUCGGUACGCGAAACCAUUGACGACGGAGACAAUCCGACAGAUGAAGGAGGAUGGGGUGAGGCGCGCGGUCGCCUUCACGCAGUACCCGCAGUACAGCUGCAGCACGACCGGAAGCAGCUUGAAUGAGCUGUAUAGGAAGGGCAGGAGUGGUGAGACUGGGGAAGGGGUGGAAUGGAGCGUGAUUGAUCGCUGGGGCACGCAUCCUGGGUUCAUCGAGGCAGUUGCGCAGAACAUUGAGCGAGCCCUUCAAAAGUUCCCUGCAUCAGUCCGCUCGUCUGUCGUGCUCCUCUUCUCCGCGCACUCCCUCCCGAUGUCCGUCGUGAACCGUGGCGAUCCUUACAUCCUGGAAGUCUCGUCGUCCGUAAACGCCGUCAUGGACCGUCUAGGGCACUCCAAUCCGUACCGUCUAGUAUGGCAAAGUCAAGUCGGUCCGUCGGCAUGGAUGGGAAUGCAGACCGGCGAGGCGCUCAAGGGCUUGGCCAGGCUGGGAAGAAAGAGAGCAGUCCUGGUCCCAAUUGCUUUCACCAGCGAUCAUAUUGAGACGCUGUACGAAUUGGACCUGGAGUACGCGAAGGAGGCCAAGGAGCACGGCAUGGAAGUCGUCCGCGCCGAGUCCCUGAACGAUUCCCCGGUGUUUAUUCGUGCACUGGCCGAUAUCGCGGCUGACCAUCUGAAAAAGUACCACGCGGGACAAAUCGGCCCUACUUCGAUACAGAUGGGACUUCGCUGUCCCGGCUGCACGAACGUCGUCUGCGCGCAGCAAAAGACGUGGUUCGCGAGGGCCGGUCGAUGAAGGUUGUCAUACGCGUUACUUCGCGUUCUCGGGAGAAAUCGUGCUUUUCUUCAGUAUUUUGGACUAUCUUGUAGCGCUAGGGGGGUUUCUGACUUAUCCAGUAAUAGAUUUAAACUCGUUGUUUGCUUGCUGUAUCACACCUCCAGUCAUACACAACACGCGGUAAUAAGACGCUAUAUUGACAAUCUUCUAUAAUACGCCGUCUAUACACAGUUGUAUUGCCGUCUGCGCGCUGCUCCAGCAAUUACGAGAACCCCAUAGCCAUGGUCUGCCACUCUUGCUGCACCAACUCCCGUCUGAUAACCUCCAACGGGACCCUAUCACUCCUAUCAACCCCAUACCCCCUC